CCUCAUUCCUGGAUACCCUGUUUUUCGCAUCCCAAACCCCAAAACGGAUCAGAGAACAGCUGCCUUGGACAGACAACGCGCUAUUCCGAUAAGGUGGUAUUAGUUGGCUAUAAACCACUCGCAUCUCGUCAUCAUGUCACCCCCCACUGGCAAUGUCGCCCAGGAAGCUCUGCGUGGCUACGCCGAGGGCGUGGACAAAGCCGAAGUUGUCCAAACCGUUCGCCAUUUCUCCAUGGCCGACUACAUAAAUGCCGAAAGGGCAGCAAUCAAUCUGGCCAAAUUUCCACCUCUGGUGCUUAGCGAGCUGAGCCGUCCCCAUACCGACAAUGACAGGUACCAAGCUACCCUACUGGACGCGAACGACUUCGUCCUGAAUGUAUGCCAUCAUAGCAAUGUCAUACUCCAACCAGUGAAAGACAGGGCAGAUAUCGAGCACAAAAAAUACAGCGAAAGGCUACCAAAAUUGAAGGAGGUUGUAGCGACUGCAAAAGCCAUGAACGAGGCUUUUACGGCGGUAUCGAAUGCAAAUGAGCCUGCAAAACUCCACGACGCCUUCAAAAGACUUGGUGAGUCACUGGAUAAGGCAGAUAGGGCGUGUGACGCACUGGCCGAUCCCAUUCCUGGCUUGGAUAAAGUUGAAGGCGGGAUUAAGGACGAAUACAGGAGAGUGUUGCGUGACGCGAGGAAGAUACAUGCGGAAAACAAAGACAAAGGUCCGAAAUCACCCGACACGUUUGUCCAGCCGUUGACCAGUUUACGGACUUAUUUUGACGACGUAUUUUAUAAGUGGGAGGCUGCGUUCGAGUCAGACAAAUCAAAUCGCCUUGAUCUCGAACAGGUCCUCCUAGCCUUCAACUCAAAUGGCUGGAUUAAAAUGAGAAAGGACCUCUCUGAUAUCUGCAAUGAACAUGUGGGCAAACUGAAUCAGGCCACCGCCAAGGAUUUAGAAGUGGAGAGGGCUACUUCCCAUCUUCCACAGGAUCCGAAUCUGGGGAGGCCCGUCAAGUUGUCCACCUUGGGGGUGCUCGAGCUAACUGCACGGAUCGUGGCACAGUCGUGCCACUCCCUGGAGGACCUCAUGAGCAAGCUUGACCAGUUGGCCAUCAAGGUGGAUCAACCCCAGAACCUCCCGCCACCGUAUUUAUAUCCGGCUUGCUUGUUCGUCUGCAAGGGCGACAACAAAAAUGACCGGUUCGUGAUAACAACCUCGGCGGAAAACAACAGGUGGAUAGACGGGGCGAAUGAUAAAAUCUUUGCAUUCCGCUCCGUAAUCCGCCCAUCACAGGAACCUCUGAAAUCUAGCACGGCAGCCAAGCUGUCGGAUCAAGCCGUGCAUGUUUUCAAAGAAAUUGAGCAACACUGCAAAACCAGCUGGGUGGCAUGGGGCAAGCAGAAAGAGGGGGGAAGGACAAUCAGAGAUCGUCUAGCGACUCAAUAUAGACAAGAAGAGAUCGAAAAAUACCUGACUGGUGCAACGCCGACAGACCCUCGUUUUUUCAACCACAGAAAAGAGAAGGCCGCCUCGCUUUCGGGUUAUUCGUUCAGGCCCAUAGGCCGCUGCCCGCGCUGCUGCUUUCUGUCCCAAUGGGACAUGAUCCCAGCUGUACACGAAGACGAGCUAAAGAAGCUAAAGCAAAAGGUUUGGGGCAACUGGAAUGGCGGGCUAGACUGCGCAGAAAUGCACGGCCAUAGCUACUGCAAAAUCAUUGCGAAUCACGUCAGGUAAAUAGGUGGCCAGGGCGCCGAGGAGGAAAAGAUGGGAAGUUUGGGGGACGGGACUAGAGGGCUGAGCCCAAAGGUCCUACUGGAAUUUCCAGGACUCAGGGUGUGCACUAAUAACGCUGGGCGUUAGGGAUGCUCGAUUUUAUUUUUUUAUUCUCUUACUCUUGAGGCUGGUCACUCUAAACGGGUCAAAACGCACUGGCUGCC